AUUUGUGUUCUAGCAGCUCCCUCCUGUUGUAAGAUGCUCCAGGACCCAGCAUUUCGAUCUGGAAAUCAGUGUUCCAUGCUCUGAAAAGAGCGAUUGUCUGUAAUUGGAUGACCGUCAUGUCACCCAUGCAGCAGAUGCCAAGGCUUCUGGGAAACCCACAGAGGAUACAGCAAAGAGCAAAUGGAAACCCAAUCCUAGCUUCUGUGAAACCAUGGAGCAUAGGAAGAAGGAUUGAGGCUCAGAAAGUUGAGAUUGGGUGGUUGCAGAGUGCCCUGCUCAGUGGUCUCUGCACAGUUGCUUUCAUCAAGAGCAGGGUUAUUUUGGGGAGCUAGAAGGAGGAUGUGAGAAAGCACCCGAGCUUUUCCCAAGUGAGUUAUGCCACCUUGGACAUGGUAUAACCUGAGGCUCAAUAUCAUCUGUCUCGUGUAAUGGGUCUGAAGAGUGGUGGAUAGAAACUAGUUGAUAUCAGUGUUACUCUGAAUGUUCUCAGUUGACAGGAUGCAGGACUUCCUGAGGCUGCUGAGGGAGCAUGGGGACACCAGCUCUCCCCCACCAGACUUGUUGACCCUGGCAGGCAAGCUGUGUUGGGACUUCCAAGACAAACCUGUUCAGGUGCUACAUUUGGUGGAAGCCAUUCUGAACAGCAAGCUUUGCUGGGAUCUUCUGAACAAUGCAGACGUGAAUCUGGUAUGUGCUCAGGUCCUGUUCCAGCAGGAGCAGCACCAUUUAGCCCUCCAGAUUCUAGAGGUGUGUCACGUGCCAGGAGGCAGCCAGGAGCUGACACAUCUCUGGAAUAACAUCCACUACCACUUGACCAUGAGGAGGCUGGGUGUCACCAAGCUGAGUUCAGCACAGAGGUUUCGAUGCACAAAGAGGAAUCCACCAUCCCUUACCAUCUGUCUUGAGAAUCCUAAGAACUGGAACUUUCCCCCAGAGGUUCACAGCUAUCUGCAGGACUUUGCCAGAGGUGUAAGUGCUUAUCCCAAGAAGGUCCAGUUGGAAAAACUGGCUUUGGAGACAGGCUUGAAUACUGAGCAGGUGUACAACUGGUUUGCUAAUUAUCGGUGGCAUCAGAAGGCUCUUCUCCAGCAUGUGGCAAGAGCCCAGAUGGCCAUAUCAGAAGUUCCUGGGGAAAGGAUCAUGUUCCUGAGCCAGUGCAGCUCUCAGGAAACCAUUGUGAGUUUGUCACUAUAUGGAUGGGAAAGGCACCCGGAGUGGCGAGGUCAUCAUGCUGCCAGCCUCACACCCAUGGCCCCUGCCAAUGGGCCUGGCCUCUGCUCUCUGGCUGCUGGCAGUAACAUGCUUGAUUCCUCCGUGAAUGUCCCUGCAUCUUGUAUGAUGCCCCUUACACUGCCAUCCUCCAAGGAAGUUUUCCUCCCAGUGGAGCAACUGGAGCAACCGUUUCAUAAACAAUAUCUGAACUCUGGGAUGGGGAUGGAUCUUGAAGUUGUUCCUAUGUCCAUGGCUGUUGCUGCCCUCAGUGAUCUCAGCCAUGCAGCACAGUUGUAUAAGAUAGAGCUCUUCUCUUUCAGUUCUCUGGAAGUGAUGCCAGCAUUACCUGCCAUGCCAGCACCUCUGUCCACGAUGAAGCUGAGCCAACCCUUGCCCUUCAGCAAGGUACAAAGGGCUGAUGACCAGCCCUCAUGAGAUGCUUUCUGGGGAGCCACAAUGCUCCUUGAGUUUUCUGAGGGACCCCUGGGCCAAACCGCCCAUGUAGAGAUGGAGCAGCACAUGGAAUGAACAAGUGUGGACUGUGCAUCUGUUCAAAACGAGUUUCAGAGAUUCACUGUGAACAAAAAUCGAUGUUCCCAGAGUUCCU